AUGAGUAACAAUCCUUUGCAAACGGCAGAGCCGUAUUCGGCAUCGGAUCCCGACCCGCCCCGCAAGCGGAGGAAAACAGAGCACAAACUUCCCGACGUCGAUACGGGCCGGCCCAGAUGGCUCAACGACGCCGUCCAGCGGAUCUACUCGUCGAAGCUGGUCGACGCCCUCCGCCGCCUCCGCCGCCCCGAAUCCUCCGCCGAGGCCGGCCACGCCGUCCGAGAGGCCGCCGACCGUGUCCUGGCAGUCUCCGCCGGUGGGAGAACCCGCUGGAGCCGAGCCAUCCUCGCCGGCCGGCUCAGGCUCCGCCUAGCCCGCAUCAACAGGAAGCACAAGAAGGCUGAGAGGCCGGUGGCCGCCGCCGUCAGGCGGGCGAAAGCGCCAGCGGCACAGAGGAGGCUGCCAGCGGUGCAGAGGAGGGUGAAGGUUUUAAGCCGGCUGGUCCCCGGCUGCCGGAAGGCGUCGCUGCCGAGCCUUCUAGAAGAGACAGGUGAUUACAUAGCGGCUCUCGAAAUGCAGGUCAAAGCCAUGACUUACAUCACGGGCCUAUUCAACGGCGGCGGCGGCGGUGGUGGGGACGGGGUCAGCUCCGUCGGCUACAGCGACCCGUAG